AUGUCUCGUCGCGAAGAGAUCGCGGACGUCGCACUGGAUAAUGCGGCACCUGUUCUUGAGUUCACGGAAAGUGCUCUCGAGCUGGUACCGAUUUCGGGUUUGGCGCUGAUAGCCAAAGGGUCGAAGAUUAUUGUCGAUAGAGUCAAGGAUGUGAGAGCGAAUAACGACGCACGGGACGCUUACAUCAGCAAGGCCAAAGCGUUAGAUGCUGCCUUAAUGGAGAUAGUGAAGAAGGCGAGCACCGCAGUUAACAGCUCUUGCGGGGACGAGCGGGUCAAGAAAACACUGGUCGAUGGUAUCGCGCAAUCUGAAGAGCUUCAGCUGCGAUUGCAGACCUUGUCGAGCACCAUUGUCAAGCUUCGUGAGCGUACAAAAGAACUCAAAGGUGGAGAUGGGGUUAUAGGCUUCCUGAAGGGCUCCCUGUUUGCAUCGCGAAACGAAGCUAUCCUAUCGGACAUGAAGGAUGCGAUGACAGAUGCUGUUCAGAUGUUCAAGCUCCGUGGCCAAAUUUCCAUCGAAAAUGUGCUCAGCGAUAUCGUGCACUAUGCUAAGGAGAUACGACAUGCACUCAAGGAGUCAGAGGAACAGAAGGUUAUCGACUCUAUCUCUUGGGCCCCCGCAGGGUACCGAUCUGUAGACGAGCUCAAUAGUGAGUUCAUGGACGGGACUCGGGAGGAACUCUUCGAUGAGCUGGACGCGUGGUCCAACGGCCGAUUCCCUCAAGACGACCCAAGGCGGUUCUAUGUUCUCACUGGAGGCGCCGUCCUGGGGAAGUCUUCCAUCGCCCACCAGUUCUGCACACGUCUUGUCGUAGAAGGCGAUGUCAGGUACUAUCUUGAAGACACGAUACCCAGGAUCCCCCAGUACGGUGCUUUCAUCCGCGACAACCCCGACGUUCUCGAACGCCUUAUUAUACGUGCGGGUGGCGUAUUCAUCUAUGCGCACAUUGCCGUCCGGUUCUUGGACUCGUACCGUGAUCAUCCGGAAGAGCAAUUCGAGCUACUUCUGACAGCAGGAGGAGCAGGACUCUCGCCUCUGGAUGCUCUUUACCUCCAAGUCUUGCGCUCCGCGUUCCCCCCAGAAGACCUUCGCGCGUCCAAUCCUCGUCAAGAACGUCUGCGCUCGCUCUUGACCUCCAUCGUGCUCCAGAGAUAUCCUUUAGCUUCUGGUGCCAUGGCGUUACUUGGGCAUGAACUGUCCGAGAACGACGUUGUUGCGAUGGUGGACCGUCUGCGCUCUGUUCUGUUAAUCGACCAUUAUGGUCGCGUGGUCCCUCUACAUGCCACGUUUGGUGAGUUUCUUCUUGACGACAGGCGUUGCAACGAUCCUCUCUAUCACGUGGACUGGUCCAAGGGAAAUGGUCGUCUCGCGUCUGGAUGCCUGACCACUUUAGUGUCGUUCAGGACUUUAUCGGGCUGCUUGGAGGCUGGGCCGGACAGUCACGUGGGUCGUUAUGUUCUUUAUGCGACAGGCUGCUGGGACAAUCACCUCGAGGUUGCCGAGUUCAGCGGCGGUUUGGCAAAGCAGUUAUGCGCCAUGAUACAAAUGAUCCCUACAAACAUCGGAGUCUACACCAACAGAUACAGUGAGUCGGGAGUCACCCAAAAAAUGGCGCAAUUCCUUGAGCCCCACAUGGGUAUCGCGAAGGCGAACGAGAUAUGCCUCGAAUACGCAAAGUCCGUCGCUUACAGCCGGCAGUGGUGGACUCAGAAACGGGAGCGUCCUGAUACCAUUCCGACGGUCAGCCCAGAUGACGUUCGUGCGAUCAUGAAGGUGCAUUGGAAGCCUACGGAUGACUCGGGAGUGGAUCUCAGCAUUCAGAGUGGCGACAUAGAGCGUUACCAGGCUGCACAUGAGGCACUCGCGAGAGAGAUCGAGGAUGCAGGGCUGGCGGAGCUUUGGUACAAGAAUGACGAGCGUCGAGUAAAUUAUCGCCCGGACUUCUGA